GCUUUGUUAGCUUGUCCAUGCUAACAGGCUCUCUUUGUUGUGAUUAGCCGUUCAGCGGUUUGGUUUCUGUUGUAAUAAUUUACAUCAAGAAAAAGUGCCGCUGUGAUCAUUUAGAAGAUGAGUGGCGGAGUGUACGGAGGCGAUGAGGUGGGAGCUCUGGUGUUCGACAUCGGCUCGUACUCUGUGAGAGCUGGCUACGCUGGAGAAGACUGUCCCAAGGCGGACUUCCCCACCGUGAUUGGUGUGACUCUUGACCGAGAGGAUGGCAGCACCCCUAUGGAGACAGACGGCGACAAAAGCAAGCAGAGUGGCACCACCUAUUACAUUGAUACCAACCAGCUGAGGGUGCCAAGGGAGAACAUGGAGGUCAUGUCUCCACUCAAGAAUGGCAUGAUCGAGGACUGGGACAGUUUCCAGGCCAUUUUGGAUCAAACCUACAAGAUGCACUUCAAGUCUGAACCAAGUCUGCAUCCAGUGCUCAUGUCAGAAGCGUCGUGGAACACACGAGCGAAACGAGAAAAACUUACAGAGCUGAUGUUUGAGCAUUACAACAUUCCUGCCUUCUUCCUCUGCAAGUCAGCUGUUCUGUCCGCCUUUGCCAACGGACGGUCUACAGGCUUGGUCCUUGACAGUGGAGCCACACACACCACAGCCAUACCAGUCCACGACGGUUACGUCCUGCAGCAAGGCAUCGUCAAAUCGCCCCUGGCUGGAGAUUUCAUGAGCAUGCAGUGCAGGGAGCUUUUUCAAGAGUUAAAUUGUGAAAUAAUCCCUCCUUACAUGAUUGCUUCAAAGGAUGGAGUGCGGGAGGGAUCCCCGGCCAGUUGGAAGAAAAAGGAGAAACUACCUCAAGUCACUCGCUCAUGGCACAACUACAUGUGUAAUUGUGUGAUCCAGGACUUCCAGGCAUCUGUGCUGCAGGUGUCAGACUCGCCGUAUGAUGAACAGGUUGCUGCCCAGAUGCCCACGGUGCACUAUGAGCUGCCCAACGGUUACAACUGUGACUUCGGGGCAGAGAGGCUGAAAAUCCCAGAGGGGCUGUUUGAUCCCUCUAAUGCCAAAGGCCUGUCUGGAAACACCAUGUUAGGAGUCGGCCACGUAGUGACAACCAGCGUGGGAAUGUGUGACAUUGACAUCCGGCCGGGUCUGUAUGGCAGCGUGGUGGUGACUGGAGGAAACACGCUCAUUCAGGGCUUCACUGACCGACUGAACAGAGAACUCUCCCAGAAAACUCCUCCGAGCAUGAGACUGAAGCUGAUCGCUAACAACACUACAGUGGAGCGUCGGUUUAGUGCCUGGAUAGGAGGCUCCAUCCUGGCGUCACUUGGUACCUUCCAGCAGAUGUGGAUCUCCAAACAAGAGUACGAGGAGGGAGGAAAGCAGUGUGUGGACAGGAAGUGCCCUUGAUUUGAUACCCAACCCUCCUCGUCACUGUCUUUGCCACAAGCUCAACAUCAAGAAUUGUUCACCUCUGACCCUGGACUCAGGAACACCUGUGGAAGAUCACUGUUUUUUUUUUUUAACAAUAAGUGAGUUUGUCCAUAAGCUGCAUGUCUGGGAUUUAUUGUAGAAAUCUGACACGAGCACCUACAAUGUAUCACUUUGAUGAAGUGCAGUUUAAGUUCCUUAUGUUCAUGCCAUUACAUUCAGUCUGCUGCCUUAUCCUCUGAUGCCCGGUGUUCUGUGGAAACCUUGCAUCUACAAAAUUUCUGAUAUGGUCCAAGAACCAUAAAAUAUCUUCAUAUUCUAAAGUUAUUUUAAGAUCAUACUGUGAAAAAAAGCAGCAUAAACAAAAUGUGUUAUACAAGGUUUCAACAGAAUGCCAACAAGGUCAAAUUUGGACGGUUUAGGAUGAGCGUUUGGAGGAACAACCUUAGAGUUUGGGGUGAAUAAUGUCUUUUGUUCAUAAACUUUUUUCUGUGUAGUAAACUCCUCGUAGGCAAAGGUCAGUCAGUACUCGCCUGUGCUUAUUUGUGUGAGCGUUGAAUAAAUCUGUAUUUAAUUGUCAUUUAUGCUUGUCAUUGGCUACAUGUGGUCUUUACAAAAAAAUAAAGCCUGUUUUUGUUAUGA